UAAAAAUAAGAAUUUUGAUGCGUCAAAUGAAAGUGUUCGAAACCUGUCUGAAUAUAAAACUAAUCACAAAAUACGUCACUAUUUUGGAUUUGAACGCCUCAUAACUAACUAAUAACUAAAAGUUCAGGCGUCGAAUACAAGAUUGCGCUGUGAAGGCAUUUACUCAAGAGUGGAUUAAUUGCUGCGAAUAAAGAACGUUAUACCGAGUGAUUUGUUAAUCGAAUUAGUUCCAACAGCUGACAUUUAUAAACAAUUAUACGCCUAUCAUAAACGAGCUUUUUGAUGAAUAUGGAACAACGGGUUGGCGUGGAAAAUGUGAAGUUGAAACGUUACAUAGCGUUCAGUGAACGAUUUAUUCGGUGCGGCUAUUGAUCCUUGGAAUGAAUUCUAAACAAAAAGUGUCUAACGGUUGUGUUUGGAGCCCGCUCGCGUUACAGUUAAUGCGUGAUAUGGAUAUUCCUCGGCAAUCAAACAGCUGUGAAGGAAGCACUGAGGCAAAAAAGCAAGAGAGCAACUUAACUUUUCAUUCGAUACAUGUUUCAACAUUGCUCCGGCUCAAGUCGCUCAGUGGUGAGAUUUCACUGUUCGAGUGAGGUGCAAAUUCCUGUAGCAGCAGUCUUGGAGAGUCGCGUGUACGUUGUGUUGCAUCUGUGAAGCUGAGAGCAUUGAUCGAAAUUCUGAAUGCAUAUAGUUGAGCAGAUAGCCAUUGUUCAACUGUUUCUUGUGGCUCCGAGAAUUGUUUAGGUUUGAAUUAUUCCGAUCUUAUCCGUUAGGUUGAUCGUCAGAGAAUCAAUCAGUGAGUUUAAGAAGUUUGAGAUGAAUCAUCACCGUAGUGUUUCAAUUCCGCAUAAUAUGUGAAAUCAAUAGUAUCUUAUUUGGGGAGCAGGCGAACCAACCUAGUUUCUGAAUAUCUGUGCUAAUAAUCUUGAUAAACCAUCAGUGCAUAUUGUGUGUUACCCGUAUAUAGAAACGUGUAAAUUCUCAGAAAUGAACCCGCUCAGCUCUGUGAUGUUUGCAACUGUCGAUCUGUCCAGCAUACUUCCACUCACGGCAGUCGUGGUUUGCGUUGGUGCCAUGAUCAUGUUUCUUGUCAAGGCUGCUGUUAUACUUCGCGUUCAAGCGGACGACGCACUGCGACCUUCAACCAUGACUGCAAAUCAUAUCAUUCAGGUGCCAAGAUUGAAAAUGACACGCGUUCAUAUACCGUUCACUUUUCGUCUCUUAGACGCAGGAAACGACUCUUUUGAAGAAGUUCGAUUAGCAGUUUCUAGUCAAGUGAAGUAUACGUUCCAGGCAUUUUGGGCAGUUUCUAUACGUGAGAUGCAUAUAUCUCUAUGGCGAACAUGGAGUGUCUUACAAGAACAAACGAGAUCAUCAACUAUAGUGAACGCGAUGCACUGUCAACGAUUAGCUACCAAUGUGAGGUUAGAUUUAUUAACGUGGUAUUUUUUCACUCAAUUAUUAUCUGUCCCUUUUUUUCAGCAACUUUAUCUGGCAGCUGGCGAUCCAGCAGCAACGGACGAUACGAAUGCUGGUCAAACUUCUGGCUCGUUGUCUAUGGCGGAACCGGUCGCGUGUUCUGAUAGCACUCGCCCACUUUUAUGUACCGAUUCUAUACUGCAGGACUGUACGGGAAUCGAGCAACUUUGCGUAGUGUGCCAUUAUUUGCCUCUAUCGAGGGCUUUGUUGCCAUGUAGACACACCUGCAUAUGUGCGGUUUGUUUUAAUAAGUUGGACCGCUGCCCAAUGUGUCGAGCUGCUAUUACUAGUUUUUUUUGCAUUCGAUCGGAAGACUACAUACCGCCUAGUACAAUUGAACCUAAGGUAAAUAGUAAAUCCAAGAGUGCGGUGCAUUGGCUGGACGCAUUGAAUGACAGACUAACAGAUUUUUUAGGAUUCAGAUAGCAAGUUUUAGAGUAGUGCAUACAGACAUACGAUUUCUUGAUUGAACAAGGAAUUUUGGGCGCACGUGUUUCGUAUUUCUGAAGAUGGUAGCAACGUGAGGAACAUAAUUUUAUAUAUAAAUGGAACAGUUUGAACCAUGUGGCAGUAUUCACGAUAUUCUGCAACCCUAGAAUGAAACGAACUGAUAGUGUUAAUAGAUAAAUUAUGCUGUGAUCUAUAAUGUGAAUACGUGAAUAGACAACCGUUGGUCAAUGAAAAAAAAAACCGGAUUAUAAACGCGACAGGAAUACACAAACUUAUUCUUUUACAUCAACAUAAUUUCACCCACUGCUUCAGAAUAUGUACAUGGUGCAUUUUUUCAAUAUACACUGGAUUCUUUUUUUACGCGAUAGAUGCGUGCGCGCCAAAAACAUCGCGUAAUUUUAAGCAAGUCGCCUAAUUUCGAGCAAAUCGCGUAAAAAAAGUAUUAUGUAUUUUGACAAAAUGUUUUUGUUCGUAGUGCGAACGAGGCCGCAUGCGCGUCGUUUGUGUUCUUGCGUGCGUGCGUUUGAGUGCGCUCGUGUUUGUGUGUAUGGAUAUAUUUGUGUAUUCGUGUGUGCAUCGUGAUGCAGUUUUGUCAUUGUGUAUUUCAUGUUCUCAAGCAAGUCAAUCAUCUCAUGUAGAUCUUAAUAAAAUCUGGUUAUCAUUGCAAACUAUAAUUUAACAGAGCGAUCUUACAUAUAUGUUUUAAAGUUUGAUCUAGUGCAUUAUUUCCUAACUGCUAGCGUUGUCAUUUGAGUUCCCUACCUACCUACCUACCUACGGAGAAUAUUGAAGGACCAUUAAUAUAAGGCCAUUGCAUAUUUUAUUUCUUAGAAGAAAUGCAGAGUACACAGCAUAAAUAAUGUUUAAGGGUUAUACUGUUAGAAUAAUAUUGCAUUUAGCAUGAUCGAGUGAAUUUGGAUACGAUCGAGUAUUAUACGAAUGCUACCAGGUCUCUGGAUGUUUUGAAUGACUGUUACCAGCUCCCAAUAACUGUGCGAUUUGUCGAUUGGACAUCAGUGAGUAAUAGAUGAUCCAUGUUCCAUCCGUAGGAGGAAAUGAUGAUGACCUUAGUUUACUAAGUCUUCUGUGUUCUUCAUAAUGAUGGUUUGAUUAGUCGUGUACGACUAUCUCGUAUACUUUACGGCAGGUUUAUUUAUUCAAAUUGAAAUAUUCAAUCAUAUAACUUAUGUAGGAAUAUAGUUCUCUGAAACAUUGUACGUCGCAAUCUAUAACUGUAUCAAUUAUACGUUUUAAUGCAAUAUCAAUGUAUAGCAUUCAAGGAAAUAGCAGAAUCUUAUUUAUGUAGAGUAGUACGUAACCUGAAGUAAACAUGGUAUAAUAUCUAAAA